AUUGCAGUCUUUUGGUGCGGGGAUAGGCGAGUCUGUCACAAUUGGGCCUGAGCGGUGGCAACAGCAGGCCUGGAUCCGGUCCGGAUUGAGGAUAGAUGCAGAUGGUGUGGAGCCAGUUAUUUCGUUCCCAAUGGCGUUUUAUAGGAUGCGUUCAGUCCAGAAGUCCUUGUGUGUACUGAUGGUGCUGAUGGCAUCCCUGGCUUUUCUCUACCUUCAUGUCUGGUCACCGAAGCCCUACAGUACGGUGGACCUGCGACACCGGCCAGGCCGAACGCCAGAGCAACUGUUGAGUGACCACCUGCUGGUGCCUGAGAAGAAAUAUGCACACAUUGCUUUCCGGAUUAAGGAGGAGGUCCUGGAGCUCCUUCCAAAGAGCUCCUGCAAGUGUGAGGUGGAACCUAGUAUGAACUUCCCGCUUCAGAAACAGCUUUUUGGUCACAUCUAUUCUCUGGAAUUUGCAAACGCCUUCAAUCCUUCCGACCUGCCAGAGAUAAACAGCAGGCGAAAACAGGAGUACCGCAGUUACCAGCAAAGGUCCUAUUCUCCGACUGACCAGCUCCUCAUAGUCCGAGCCAACUCACCUCUAGAGUAUCCAGCCCAAGGGGUGGAAGUUCGGCCCCUCCGCACCAUCCUCAUCCCAGGUCUGAGCCUACAAGCAGCUGAAAGAGCUCUGUACCAGGUCAACUUGACAGCUACCAUGGGCACUUUUGAUGUGGCUGCAGAAGUGGAAGGGGUCAAGGUGGAAGGGGAGGGGGGCAUGCAGCUCAUCAUGUCAGGAUCCCAACUGGACAACCUCAAUCGGCAAAUGCAGUUUGUCACCUACACCAACACACUCUUCCACCCCAACACAGCAGAUACAGUGCAGUUUUCUACCGAUGAGCACCAUGCAUCUUUCAUCAUCCGCAUCCGCCAUGCGCCUACACCCAAGCUCUACAAUCCAGGACCCUCCAGCACAGGAUCAAGUGGCGAAUACGACAUCAGUGCCCUGGUCACCAUAGCAACGAAGACCUUUUUGCGCUAUGACAAGCUGCGAACACUGAUCAGCAGCAUCCGCAAGUUUUACCCCACCGUGACCAUCAUCAUUGCUGAUGAUAGCGAGACCCCUGAACAUGUGCAGGGACCCCACAUUGAACAGUACUUUAUGCCCUUUGGCAAGGGCUGGUUUGCCGGCAGAAACCUUGCCAUUUCCCAAGUGACCACAAAAUAUGUUCUGUGGGUGGAUGAUGAUUUCAUCUUCACACAUCGCACCAAAGUGGAGAAACUGGUAGAUGUCCUUGAGAAAACUACCCUGGACCUGGUGGGUGGAGCAGUGCGAGAGAUCACCAGCUACACCACCACAUACCGCCAGCAGAUCAGCGUGGAAGCUGGCGGUGAAGAUGGAGAUUGUCUGCACAUCCGCCAGGGUUACCAUCACGUCAUUGAAGGCUUUCCUGACUGCGUGGUUACAGAUGGCGUGAUCAACUUCUUCCUGGCACGCACCGAGAAGGUUCUGCAGGUUGGCUUUGACCCUCGCCUCAGUCGUGUUGCCCACCUCGAAUUCUUCAUUGAUGGCCUGGGUAUUCUGCAUGUCGGUUCCUGCUCUGAUGUGGUGGUGGACCACGCCUCAAAGAUUAGGCUACCAUGGCUAAAGACAGACAGUGAGAAGCAGUAUGCCAAAUUCCGCUAUCCCAACUCAAGUGAGAACAGCCUGAACACCAAACAGAGCUUCUUUUACUUCAAGAACCGUUUCAAAUGCAUGACAGGCAACUAGUCUCUGGUGCUAAUGAGUUUAGCUUCACCCCUGACAACUGGCUUUGUCCUCAGGCAAUUGGGUUUACCAAUCUCAGGCAGCCUGCUCUGGCAGUUGGCCAGAGCCCCAGGCAAAUGGCCUUGUCUGUCAACUAGCCAAAACCCCAGAACUCAGGGUGGCCUCAGCAGCCUCAGGAGCAGUUUGGGAAAUGGGCAGCCAUGACCACUUUUUUUAAAAAAAGGAAAAAAUGUCUUUUCUAGCAGGAUGGAGAGACUGUGCUUUUGCUUGAUUCUGAGCCUUGGUGGUCAGGAAGAUGUGACCUGUUCCUGUGUUUGUUUCUGCCUGUUAUGUCUCUGAACUGGAGAAUCUUGGAUGGGGUGUGAUACUUGAGAGCGCUGGAAGUUAACUUUCUUUCCAAGUUGGAAGCAACCACAAUUUUUUCUGGGCUUCCCCCUGCAUCUCUCCACACACAGACACUUUAUCCAGUGCCACAACAUUUUGUGCCAAGUCUUUACACCUGAGCUCCCUUCUUCCCAAUUCCUUUCCCUCGUGCAUCCUGAAGCUGGUGCCAUCCUGGGACAUUUUGAAGUGCCAAAGACUACAGUGAUGGAAAGCAACCACCAGGGGGAAGCUUUGAGGUAUAAACUGCUGCAAAGCAACAUAAAAGGAGGACAGCAGGGGCUAUAAAACAGCACACUCAAAACUCCAGACAAGUUCAGGUUUGUCCACUCCUGCGAGAAGAAGUGACCUGUGUUCAUAGACAGUGGAGUGGGAGCUGAUUUUCUAAUGUGGCAGGAAUUUUAUAUGCUGAAGAAGGCAGACUUGUGUACAACAGACUGCAAUGUUUUUUAUUUCAAACAAAAUCCAUUUGACAGGUCUUUCCCCCCAUAUCCCUGAACCCUGCUUCCUUUUGCCUUCUUGGUCCCAAUUGCGUAAUUGGUAUUACUGUUCUUCCUACAGCUGCUGUUAUGUUUUUUUUUGGGGGGUGAAAUGCUUAUGAAGCAGGGCUGGGUUUAGUUUCUCCUGCAUAUUUAGUUCCAAUGCAUGGGAUUGGUCCUACAGUAAGUAAGCAGCAGCCAUUGAGACCACUCUGUUAUAUGAGACGCUUCUCCCACCCCAUCCCCCAUAUGAUGUGCACUCCUUCCUGGCAGCCUGGCUACGAAGUGCUCAUCUGCGACUGACUGGAGAGGUAUUGAGACAGAGAGGCAAUCAUAGCACUAGCCAGUCAGCUCUAGGCACAGAAGCACUUCUGCAGCAGGGAGAGUGAUGCAGAGGGGACAGAUGUGGAAAUUGCAAGAGUCAAUGUGGUUGGAGCAGUACUGAUGAUCGCUGCCCUUCAGCUGUGAAGUUCAAAUAUAUUUGUUGUACUACCGUAGUGCCCCCUUCCUCCAAACACAAACACACACACACAC